AUGCAUUUUCUUCGCCGAGGUCGCAGCUGUGGAGGUGGCAUCGAUAAGGGAGCGGUUCGCUGCGGGGUUCAAGGCUAUGCCGGUGGCCGAAGUGUGCUCCUAUGGGCUCAUGCGCCGUGCUUUCUCGGGAAGAUCAAGGCAGAGUACGUGACAGCACGCCGUGGUCGGUGCAAAAGCACCGGGGAAGCUUUUGAGAUUGGGCAGCUUCGAAUCGGCUUCGAGGUGGGGAACCACAAGUCUUGGUGGCAGCCCGUAGAAGCCGCCCGUUGGACCUCGCAAGUGGUGGCCCUUGGAGUAGUCCGCAACCUGGGCCGAUGUGCAGGAGCCGCAGUCCUGCACGAGCGCCGGCAGGCUGCGACGGGGAUGCAGCCACUGCAGUUUCAUGUUCUGAAGACCUUCAGCAGCUCAAAGCUCAGGCGCCAAAGCGCGCCCCAGCGCUCGGCCGAAGGCAACCAGGAGAUCAAGGAAGAGGCUUGGCUAGAGGGCGGUCAGGAGAACAAGGAGGAAACUCACCCAAGCAACCAGGGCAAAGAGCAGACCUGGUCAGCGAGCGACUGGGAAGACAAGGACGAGAAGAGUUUGCGGAAAAUGCACGAGCAGAUUGGCAUCGCAGAAGAUGACAUGCCGAUUUCCAUCAAGUUCUUACCUUCAAAGGACCAGACUGGAGAGACCUGCUCUUGCAUUGCGCGCUAUGAGAAGGAGGAGACCCUAGAGCAGGUCAUCCUAAGGUUGAAUGGUCAGCAUCUAAAAACCCGCAGCGGCAAGCCCAAAUUGGUAGGCGUGAGCAAGGCAAGGCCUGCGCGCUGGAUGGUCGAGGCGGGCUUGGCGGCGCAGCAGAAGCGGGUGCCCACGAAGGUCUCAGUGGCCAAUGUGCCGCUGGAAUACAGCACCGAGGAUUUUCUGGUGCUGCACAAAGAGGUUGGCCUUGAUGUCGACGAGUUGCCAAGUGUGGCGCAGCACCCGCCAAAGUCCGAAAGAGAUGAAACCUAUCAGCUGACGGCCAAGUAUCCUGACCUCGCUCAUGCGCGGAAAGCUGUGGAGAAGUUGACCGGUGCCUUGAUGUGGACCUCAACUGGCAAGGAAAAGAGACUUUCUGUGUGGAUCGUUGACCCGAAGGGUUCGGAAGUCACGGAGUCACACCACAGGUUUGAAGAAGGUGAUCUCGAAGGAAUUCUAGAGCAUUGGUAUGAGGCCCAGGACUACGGCUUUAUCCGCGCGAAGCAGGGCGGACCCAAGCUAGUAGCCUUCCGGUCUCAAUUUGUGGAUAGUUACACACCAAUACCGGGAGUGGAUGUAGUCUUCGAGGCAUUCGACGCGGGCAAGAAGUACGAAGCACGAAAUAUCCGCAUGCUCAACGUGGACCAGAAAGUCCAAGCCACGGUCAUGCUGCCAGCGCCCACUGCGGAGAUUCCAGUGCAGUACGAGGCAGCACCAGGUUUGGACUACUUCUGCAAGAUGUGGGAUCUUGGACCCACCACAGCGGCCUGGCUGACGCGGCUGCACCCAGAAGUUCAGCAAGCUGUCAUCGAGAACUACGAUGACUCGUCUGUGCCAGAGCUGCUCGACCCGGAUGAGCAGAUCACUCUGCACCCAUCCUGCUUUGUGGCAGUAGACGGCCUCCACCGCAACAUCUCACCGGAAGCGUUGUCGACUCUCUUUGGCCGCUUUGGGCAAGUCCAGUCGUGCUCCAGGCCAAACUCGGUCAGCGCCAUUGUGGAGAUGAGCAGCGCAGAGGAGGCUAGCGUGGCGGUGCAGGAUCUGAUCUAUCCCCCCCUUGGCUGGCCAGGCGGCAUGCUGGUGCACUUCCACCAUAAGACGCCUGUGAUGCAGCUGGAAGACAUGCCACUGGGCCAACGCCUCUUCGGCAUUGUAAAGACGUGGAGCGUCAUGGGAGCUGGCUACAUUGCUCUCCAUGGUACAGGUCCCGACCUGCCGGUUACAAAAGACUGCCUGGAAGACGUGACAGCGCUCAGUACAGGCGCGCCAGUGCUCUUCAAAGCGUGGCAGACGCCGGAGCUGCCCAGUCCAGUGGUCACCCACUGUAUGGGCCGGCUGCAUACCGUGAGGGCCCACCUCAUCGCCUGCUUCGGCCGCGAUUUCGCGGUGAGGAGCUAUGCGCGGCAGAUGCAGGAGCAUCAAGGUCCUUUGCUGAAGCUUCUGCAGUCAGGUGAAGCUCCUGCAGUUCAGCUGAAGCGCAUCAAGGCCCAACGGCCUAAGGCCAAAAGCAAGGCCAAGGCCAAGGCCAGCGUCAAAAGCCUCGAAGGCGAGACUGUGGAGGCCAAAGGAAAAGAGCAGGAAGCAGUGAAGGCCACAAGCAAUGUCGAGCCUGCGGUGCAAAGAGAAGCUCCGAUACCAACAAGACCGCUGGCAGUGCCAGGACGAGUUGCACUUGACCUGGAUGACUGA